UAUAAAUGUAAAACAUGUAACAAGACAUUUCAAACGGGUACUCUACUGCGUCGUCACGAACAAAUACACGCUGAUAAUCGUCCGUUUGUGUGUCCUUACUGCAAUCGAGGUUUUAAUCACGAAUCCAACUUUCGACAGCAUAAAAUGCGUCACAUCCAACAGCAAUGCGAAGAUGAGUCGGGAUAUCCUUGCACGGUAUGCAAGAAGCACUACACAAACGCCACAGAUUUGCGCGUUCAUAUGCGAGAGCAUUUCCCGAAUGAUCCGAUGUACACCACUAAAACAGAUAUCCUGCCCAAGAAAUUGAAGGACUCCUCUAGCUAUCCGAGACCGUGUGAGGAGGCUGACUGCCACUAUGUGGCACCUUCGUACCAGUUGAUGUGGUCGCACUAUCGCAAUCAUUAUAAAAUGUACCAGUGUCAGCAGUGCGAUAACAAAUUUGCAACGGCUACCAUCCUCAAGAGGCACAUCGAAGUGAUACAUCAGAAUAUACGUAAAUACAAGUGUGAAUUGUGUCCUAAGGCUUUCGGUUACCAGCACAAGUACAAGGAGCACAUGAACAUGCACAGCGGUGUUAAAGCGUACCAGUGCCGCUAUUGCCAAAAAAGUUUCACACAUUCUUCCAACCUGCUGGUGCAUCAGCGCAUUCAUACUAAAAUCAAACCGCACAAGUGCCUGACUUGUGGAACGUCCUAUGUUACUACAUCCGCACUGAAGAAGCACCAGAAAACGCAUCUACCGAAACAGUUGGUUGCCGGAACAGUUCAAACGGUAUCGAAGAAUUCGAAGCAACAGAUAUAUGCGGAGACGGAGUUCAUUUUUGGGGUGAAUUGUGAAGAGCAUGAUAUAGCCGGGGAAGAAGAAGUUGAUCUCAACUAUUUAGAGUAGACGCGCGGUCUUUUUCGAUGAAUUUUCUGGGUUUACACGAGAAUAAAAUGUGAAGAUUAAAUACAA